AUUAAGAUGUAAAUGAAUACAUAUAAUGAUGAAAAUGGGAAAUAAUGAUGCAGAGGAAAAAAAAGUGGUGUCAGUAUUUCGGAGCAAGACAAGAAAAUUGCAUACAACGAGAUCAUGGGAUUUUUUGGGGCUGUCGGAGGCGGUGAGCCGGCGGAACGCCGCCGCAGAAUCCAACGUAAUCGUGGGACUAUUGGAUUCGGGAAUAUGGAUGGAAGGUCCAAGUUUUAAAGACGAUGGUUAUGGUGAAAUUCCUUCUAAGUGGAAAGGCAAAUGUGUUACUGGUCGUAAUUUCACUUCCUGUAACAGGAAAGUGAUCGGCGCGAGGUUCUUCGACAUUGGACAAAUAGAUAAUUCCAUCGAUAAAAGCCCCGCCGACGAGAUCGGUCACGGCUCCCACACCGCCUCAACAAUCGCCGGAGCCUCCGUUGACGGCGCCAGUUUCUACGGCGUCGCCGGAGGAACGGCUCGCGGCGGCGUUCCGGGGGCGAGAAUCGCGAUGUACAAAGUGUGCUGGGUUGAUGGGUGCAGUGACGUGGACUUGCUGGCCGGAUUCGACCAUGCAAUCGCCGACGGAGUGGACAUCAUAUCGGUGUCCAUCGGCGGUGAGUCGACGGAAUUCUUCAAUGAUCCGAUCGCGAUCGGAUCAUUUCACGCAAUGGAGAAAGGAAUAUUGACUAGUUGCUCGGCGGGAAACAGCGGGCCGGAAUUAAAGACGGUGGAGAACACGGCGCCGUGGAUAAUGACGGUGGCGGCUUCUACCAUUGAUAGGGAUUUCAGUACCGUCGUGAAGUUGGGCAACAAUAAGAAACUGUCUGGAGUAUCAGUAAACACAUUCACUCCAAAGAAGCAGAUGUACCCUUUAAUCUCCGGAUCAAAUGCUGCAUUACCCAAUCAAUCCGAUCCCUAUCUUGAUCCAAGUUGGUGUGAUUCUGGGACUCUUGAUGAGAAAAAAGUGAAAGGGAAAAUAGUGUAUUGUUUGGGAUCAAUGGACCAAGAAUACACCAUUUCUGAACUUGGAGGCAAAGGUGUAAUUUCCAAUCUUAUGAACGUUUCUGAAACGGCUAUUACCACUCCUAUUCCAUCCACUCAUCUUUCCUCUACCAAUUCUGAUUAUGUUGAAGCCUACAUUAACUCCACCAAAAACCCUAAAGCUGUCAUUUACAAAACUACUACAAGGAAGGUUGAUGCUCCCUAUUUGGCUUCCUUUUCUUCUAAAGGUCCUCAAACCAUCGCUCUCAAUAUUCUUAAGCCGGACAUUGCAGCACCGGGGGUGAACAUAUUAGCAGCAUACUCAAAUUUGGCUUCAAUUACAAACAAUAGACAUUCCCUUUUCAAUCUUCUUUCUGGUACUUCUAUGGCUUGUCCUCAUGCCGCCGCUGCGGCCGCCUAUCUCAAAGCUUUUCACCCCACUUGGUCCCCCGCUGCCCUCAAGUCUGCCCUUAUGACCACCGCGACGCCGUUGAAGAUUGGAGAUAAACUAGACGUGAUUGGCGCUGGCACUGGCCAAAUAAAUCCGAUCAAAGCGGUGCAUCCAGGUCUCAUUUACGACCUCACUCGCACCUCUUACCUCUCUUUCCUCUGCACCAACAAACGCUACUCCGACUCCGGCUCCGCCCUCGCCAUCCUUACCGGAGACACCUCUUUAAACUGCUCCGACGUCCCGCGAGCCAGUGGCUUCGACGCCAUCAACUACCCUUCCAUGUACGUCCCCGUCGACCGAAACGCCACCUCUGUCUCCGCCGUCUUCCACCGGACCGUCACCCACGUCGGCUUCGGCCCAUCGACGUACAUAGCGAAGGUGAAAUCGCCGGCAGGUUUGUCGGUGAAAGUCUCGCCGGAUACUCUAAAAUUUGAUCGGGCGUACAAAAAACUGUCGUUUAAGGUGGUGGUGAAAGGGGCUGCGCCGGCGGUGGGGCAGGCACCGUUGACGGCUUCACUUGAAUGGGAUGAUUCUAAGCAUUAUGUUAGGAGCCCAAUUUUGGUGUUCAAGGUUUAAUUCAUCUUUAUUUGUUCAUAUUUGUUUUUGGUCUUAGAUUUUUUUUUUUAAGAAGUCUUAGAUCUUCUUUUGUUAGAUGUUUUUAUGUAAAUGUCAAUAUUAAAUUAAUUUUGUUGGGAUGAGAUUGGUUGUUUUUUUUUUUUUUUUCCUUUUUGAAUUAAACAUUCAAAAACUUAUAUAUUAUCAAGUCUUGAAUGCACCCCAAAUAUUAACAUCUUA